AUGUACCACGAAGGGCAGGACCGAGAGCGCCGCAAGGCCCGGGAAGAGUCUACGGAGCUGGCCCUAAAAAGCCAAUACCCUGUUCCGGAAGCGCCAAAGAAAGAGGCCUCUGGUGGUCCAUCCCUCAUCGAGUUUAGCACAGAGGCCCGGGAUGAUCCCAAUGAAGGCCUCAACUUUGGUGACAUGCCGGAGCGCUGCACCUGCAUGCACUGCGAGCGCUCAGUUGUAACCUUCAUCGACUAUGAGGCCUCGUGGGUCACCUGGCUGUUGGCUAUUGUCGUUUGGUUCAGCCUUGGGUGGAUGGCCUUUUGGGUCCUCCCACUCCUUUGGCCAGCCUUCAAGGAUGUUGUCCACCACUGCCCACGGUGCUUGAACGUCAUCGCGCGAAAGUCGCGCAUUUCGUUCCCAACAUUCCGCACGGAGGUGUGCAGCUUGAAAGUUGGCAACUGCGCUGUAGUGUUGGCUCGGAAAUAUGUCAUCAUUUUCCUCGGGCUGGUGUUCACCAUUGUUGCGGUCUAUCUCAUGCGAUCGUUUGUCCACGUGAAUGGUGCGGCGCCAGAGGUCCACAAGGGCACUCCCUCCAUGCUGACCUGGGAGGACUUCCUCUUUGACUGCGGCCCCAAGUCCUCCUUGAGGUCACGCGGCAGCUCCGCCGUGGUCUUUGAUGAGAAGUAUCGCCGGCGAACUUUUACAUGGCAGGGCGAGGUCCGUGUGAUUCGCGAAGGCUUCGAGGUCUUAUUCGUGCGCACAAAGAGUGUGCUGAUGGUGCGCAUGUACCCCUCUCGCUUUCCGCGUCGCGAUCUUCCGGAUGUGGCUUUGCUCUUCAGCGAUUCUCUCAACAAGGAGAUUGCGGAGCUGACGCCGGGUGACUGGGUGGAGUUCGAGGCAACCAUGACCUUGCAUGGAUAUCGUGGGGAUCCCGAGUUGAUGACGCUUUGGCACAUCAAGCGUGUUGAGCCGCCGACACCGCUCUCGAGCUCGGCUGCUCGAGGCCUCUUACUGCUGUUGCUGGAGCAUAGUGCCGGUACGCGUUUAGCAGAGUAG